UUAUUUUAACCUUUUUGAUAUGCGCUCUGCGCACUAGAAAAUGCAAGAAUACGCUGGCGCCAGGGCUACGCCAAGCUUACAGCGCUUGCUGGAUCGAGGCGUUACCUGCUUCAUCUAACACUAUUUCUGUACCGUAUCUACAGUAAAAGCAUUUCAUAGUGUACAAAAUUGGGUCUUAAUUAUCUAAAAACAAAAACGUUAACUGACUGGGUUAGUGAACAUUCAUCUCGUAAAUUACAUUUUUAAAACCCACCAGGACCAUACUAUGGGAGCUUACAGCGCUCCAUAAUAUCCUCAGUUGGCUAAAGGGAGGGGGAACUGCGGACGCGAAUGUAAUUUUUGUCCUCAGGAGGGUGGAGGGGGCGCCACUGGUAAAAAUGUGAGAAACACUGACCCAGUAUGACAUAAGUAAAGCACGGUCCAAUGAACUAAGCCAUAGGAAGUGAAUGUAAUGUACACUUUCUAGCUAGAUGUCUGAGGGAAAGUGUGCAUCUUACAUAGCACUGUUGAUGUCCACAAUCGUGUGUGAUAUGUGUGGGAGCUAGAUGUGUUAUGUGUGCUUUUAGUGUUAGUGCUAUGUGUGCUUUCUUAUGAGUGUCAUGUCUUUUUUUAUAGCCAUAUGUGCUAAGAGUGAGUGAUAUAUGUGCUAUGUGUGUUAUAUCUUUUUUUUUAUAAUCGUGUGUACCAAGAGUGAGUUUUAUGUGUGGUAUGUGUGUGUUGUGUGAUAUUAUAACCUAGUGUGCUCAGUGCUGAGGCCGCGAUGUCAUCACGCACACGUCAGCCUCAGGGCCAGACAAACGUGAAGUGGAGCCUUCAGUGUUUAACUAUCGAUCUGCGCAUCCCAUCAGAGCCCCCGUUCCAGCACUCGUGGUCAACUCUCUCCAUUGAAGACGUUUCGAUAUUUCUCGGACCUCUUUCUAUUUCACCACUUGAAACAAUUCUCAGCGUUGACAUGAAAAUGUAAACAAGAGGUCGAACCAAAAACAUUGGCGAAAUGCUUAUUAACAUGUGUGAAAUAGGUUAUAUGCUUACUGACAUGUGUGAAGUAGGUUAUAUGCUUACUGACAUGUGUGAUAUGAACCUCAUGCUUACCGACAUGUGUGAUAUGGACCUCAUGCUUACUGACAUGUGUGAUAUGGACCUCAUGCUUACUGACAUGUGUGAUAUGGACCUCAUGCUUACUGACAUGUGUGAUAUGGACCUCAUGCUUACUGACAUGUGUGAUAUUGACACAUGCUUAACGGUAUAAUUGAUGUAGGCUUCAUGCUUAAUAACAUAUUGGCAUGUCUGAUGAUAUUUACCUUCUUGAACUUGCUCUUUCAGUGGCGUAUUUUUAUGCAAUCCAGGAUUACAUAACUGAGAAAGAUAAUUAACUCUUUCUCUCCUAAUCGACGAUACCAUCGUUGAUUUGACUUAAUUAAAUUAAAUUAAUAUUAAAUUUUUUAAACUUGACAUUGAAUUAUAUAAAAAGAGCAUGCAUUUCCCUUUAAUUCGACACCAAAUAAAACAUUUAUUGAUAAUAAACAACAAAGCUAUUGAAGCUCAAUCAUAACAGGGUAGUGAAAUAGUAAUGCGCAAAAUGAAGAAUUCCUUUACAAUGUGGAAAAAGAGAGAGAGAAAGAGUUAACAAGUUGUCAUUACAAUUGUAUAUGCAACCAAAGUUUGUAAUCAUUUGUGGAAUUUAAACUAUGAAUUACCUCUGGUUCUUAAGAGUUUAACUAUUAACUUACUCAUUUGUCUAAUCAUUAAAUAAAGUUUUUAUUAUAUUAUAGUUUGCAAGACGUCUAGGUACGUUCAUGGUCUGAGACGUGUCAAAGAAACAUAAAAUUGAGCAAAUUAUGGAAGGUAGGGGUAACGUUGGCUUUUGCUGUACGUGGAAAACCUAAAUAAUGAUUUUAGUCUCUGUUUGAUAUCUAGGCCCUAAUUUAAAAAUCAUUGCCAGAUCACGCUAAUCAUGUUUCGGGUAAGACACUUUAAAAUAAAGUAGUCUGCAAUAAUUGUAAAACAAUACAAAUUAUCAAAAAGAUGUUUUAUAUCUGUUAUAAAUGAUUUCAUGUUUUAACCGUAUGUAGUCAGUGUGUGAAGUGUGCGUAGAUAAGUACGUUGUGCUUCGUUGUAACGUCGUAUGUAGUCAGUGUGUGAAGUGUCCGUAGAUAAGUACGUUGUGCGUCGUUUUAACGUCGUAUGUAGUCAGUGUGUGAAGUGUGCGUAGAUAAGUACGUUGUGCGUCGUUGUAACGUCGUAUGUAGUCAGUGUGUGAAGUGUCCGUAGAUAAGUACGUUGUGCGUCGUUGUAACGUCGUAUGUAGUCAGUGUGUGAAGUGUCCGUAGAUAAGUACGUUGUGCGUCGUUGUAACGUCGUAUGUAGUCAGUGUGUGAAGUGUCCGUAGAUAAGUACGUUGUGCGUCGUUGUAACGUCGUAUGUAGUCAGUGUGUGAAGUGUGCGUAGAUAAGUACGUUGUGCGUCCUUGUAACGUCGUAUGUAGUCAGUGUGUGAAGUGUGCGUAGAUAAGUACGUUGUGUGUCCUUGUAACGUCGUAUGUAGUCAGUGUGUGAAGUGUGCGUAGAUAAGUACGUUGUGCGUCCUUGUAACGUCGUAUGUAGUCAGUGUGUGAAGUGUGCGUAGAUAAGUACGUUGUGCGUCGUUGUAACGUCGUAUGUAGUCAGUGUGUGAAGUGUCCGUAGAUAAGUACGUUGUGCGUCCUUGUAACGUCGUAUGUAGUCAGUGUGUGAAGUGUGCGUAGAUAAGUACGUUGUGCGUCCUUGUAACGUUUUCAAAGCAACGUAAUAUCACAACUAAUAAAGAUGGUAAUUAAAUAAAUAUGUAAAUAGUACUACUUAUAAUGCAGCAAAUAAUAUAAAAAAUAGGGGGAAUUACUUUCGUCUGUAACAUGAUUCAGGAUGCGUAGGGAGAAAGAAAACAUAAAAUGCAUUGAAGUAAAGGGGGAUAAUAAUUAAAGAAGCAGACGGUGUUGACACCAUGAACUGACCCAAACCUUUGGACAUAAACCUUAUCGACGCCACUGCACAAUUCUACAGAAAACUAGUGAGCUAGUGAAUUGAUGCUUAGAAUUUGUUCGAAUUGUUCUGAACUAGGCAACUAUCCCAAAUAAUUCAACGUCAAUUGAACUUGAAUAGAAAUAAAUGACGUCGACCUACAGACAUUAAAUGUAAAUAGAAAGCUACAGAGAGCACACGUCAUGAGCACUAUGUACGUACUUCUGGUGUAGCCAGGAGGAAAGUUGGACGGAUAGUUUGGUUGUGUUGGCUGAAUAGAUUCUGAUGAAACCACAAGGUGGUAUGUCGUAGUUUAAGUUUAUAUUUAAGGAUGUGAAAGUUAAAGGAACAAAUACUAAGUGAGGGACAAAAUGGCGUGUAUUUAAGUGAGUUAUACUUUAUUUCAUCUCUCAUUUCACUUGAGUUUCUACGUACACCUACAUCCUCCUUAAAGUUUAUCCGUAUAGGUGUGUGCAUGUCUGCUAGUGUGAGUGUGUGUGACAGUCUGUAAACGAGUUAAUUAAUCACUGUCACUCGCUGUCUGUUACUUUAUGUACAUUAGCAUGUCACAAGACACUGUAGAGUUACAUUGGCCAAGACUUUGUUCUAUUUUAAACUUUUUUUUUCUUACUGUUGCCUCCACGUCUACAAGUUACGAAAUAAACGAAAUAAAACAAAAAUUACCUUAUAUAUAUAUAUAGUAAUUUAGAAUUUAUUUCCCUUUUUCGAGUUAAAACAAGAUAACAACUUAACAAUAAUUAACACUUUGAUUGGUUUAUUUUUCAAUUGAGUCAUGUUUUGUUAGGGAGAAUAAAUAUUUGUGGAAAGUUUUAACUUGAUCCGAGAAUAGAUGUUGGAGAAAUAGGUGUACACCAGACAGAGUAAGUAGGUAUAAGCUUUGUAAGAAUAAAAUAGAAAUGCCUUGACUGGUCAUUGGAUUAGUCAUGCAUGCCAACAACUGGGACGCUAAUAGAUUGAGUGAAGUCGCACUUUGAACCAGGAAACUAGUGAUUUGUAUUGGGACUCAAGAGACAGUGUAUGGAUUAGCUCAGUUGUGUCGAAGUAGGUCAAGGUCGGCAGCAUUUAUCGCUCUUUCAUUACUUAUCAUAUACUCAGGAUUUCAAAUUAUGUACAUGCCAGUGGAACUAAAUAUUUGUCAAGAUCCGUCCAGGACUAAAGAUAUCAACUUUCAAAACAUCGAUGACAACAUUACAAUCGUCACAAUGUACCUCAACAUUGGAACAUUCACAAAAACUUCUUUGUUGUUUUUCUCCAAAGAAUCUUAUGCCACUGUCCUCUAUAGAAACUGGCUUUUCUCUUGGGGCAAGCUCAACAACCGGGUGAUAGCAUUUUUUGAUGAUGAUGAUUUUAUUGAACAGUUCAGACUGAAACGAGCACAUCUUCCUGAAAGUUUUACAAAGAUUGUGAAAAUAUCAAGAGACCAACUGCCAGCUUUUCAACAGAAAAAGAGGGUAGAGGAGAUCAUACAAAAUCCUAGUUUUUCAAUUUCUUAUCCACCUGAUUACACAUGUACAAUGAACGCCAAAUAUGAUGCACUUCAAAUGGCAGUCAACAUGGAGGACAUUAAGACUAAAUAUAUUGCUUGGAUGGAUAUAGGAUUAUUCAGGCGGUUACAAAAGGAUGAUCCACCAUUUACUCUAAAAGUACCUGCUGAUUUCAAUUCAUCAAAGCUUGGUUUUUCUGAAGUGACCUCUAGAAAAUGGUUAUCAACAUUAACACCUAAAGAAAUAUACAAACAAAACAUAGUUUGGGUAGCUGGUGGCUUUGUAUUGGGUGUUAAGCAGGUGAUUUCUGAAUUUAUAGUUGCAUAUAGAAAUACAGUGAAUGAGUUAUUGGCUCAAGGCUUAGCAGAUACUGAUCAGCAAGUUAUUGCAUCAAUGUACUCUCCUGAAAUGGCCUGGAAGCAGAAAAUUGAAAUAAUGACCUAUUCAUGCCCACGAGGCACUUUCAACCUUUAUGGGCAUGCUUACUUGUACUUUUGUCUGCCCUACAUAUGUAAAGCCAGUGCUGAAUGUAAAAUCAAACCAACAGGUCAUUUAGAAAACUCUAAUUACUUACAUAUGACUAGCAAUUACGUUAAGUAGACAUUCAAACUGCUUGUGAGGUUGGCAUUCACAUUUUAAAAAAAAAACUUCAAGGAUUUAUUUUGAACUAGCAAUCACAAAUAAAACAUAGACCAUAGGGCCUAUUUUAUCUAACAGAACUUCAAAUCCACCAUUCUCUCAGCGAAGAAUGAGGCAUCAAAAAAUAACACAUAGACCAUAGGGCCUAUUUUAUCUGGCAGAACUUUAAAUCCACCAUUCUCUCUGAGAAGAAUGAGGCAUCAAAAAAUAACACAUAGACCAUAGGGCCUAUUUUAUCUAACAGAACUUCAAGUCCACCAUUCUCUCUCUUUUGAGGCAUCAAAACAUAUAUUAAGCACUCAUCCAAAUGAUUGCUAUCAAUAUUGUUUAAUGCUAUGAAACAUGUUGAACCAUGUUGAUCUUUGAGUGUAUUACAUGUUUUAUCAAGGUGACAAUAGUUGCUCAGUUUUUUAUAUGUGUUUAUGUAAAUAGACUGGUAUUUCAACAGGAAUAACUGUUCCUAAUCAACUGUACAUUCUUAUUAUUUUGUACAUUAUUUGUUUUAUACUCUUUCCUACUUUAUGAAAUAUUAAUGUAUGAGAUCAUGAAGCCUUUUUAUUUGUUAAAACUGAUGCAAUUAUUGUGAAUCUUUUAAAUAAAAAUUGUUUUUAAAAAAAUCUUGAGUGGCAUGUGAAUUAAAAAUGAUAUAGAGAAGACUAAAAUACAAUUAUUUUAUUACCAUCAUCCUAACUGCAUAAAGUUUCAUAUUAAAAAGUCAAAUAAGUUGCAUAAUCUAAUUUAAAUUAUAAAUCGAUUUUUGCAUUUAUUUUUCCAUAAAGGUAUACUAACUACCCCCUCCUUUACACACCCACUUCCCAAGAGACUAUGAGAUGUAAUUUUUUAAUUUUUUAUGAGAUGUAAUUAUGUUUAAAAAAUAUAGAUGUAUAAUAUGAAUCACUUUUCAUGCAUUUGAAAAAUUUAAAGCUUUAUAAUUGUGAUAAAGUUGUAUAUACUUAAAUUUUAUAGAUGUAAAAUCUAUAUCUUAUUUUGUGGUGUGAAAAUACCUUUUUUUUUUUAGUUCUUUCUUAAUAAAACUUUAAUACUAAGAGCUCUGUCUGCAAAUCUCUAGUGUGUAAGUUUUAAUUUACAUUAUUAGUUUGUUAUUUGAAGAAAUAAAUUCCUGAUCAUUUAAAUUUAUUGUUAUUAUCCUCAUUAUUGCAUGUUAGGUUCCAUGGAUAUAAUUGUGGUAGAUUUAACAAAUUCCAUCAUUGACAUAGGAAAUUUGAUGACACUAGGUUUGAUUACCUAAUUAUGUUCUUUCUUGCCAAGUUGAGCUUUUUAUACAAUUCAGGAACUGUUCAACUUUGUGUUUCCUUUUUCUUUCUGCCUGAUUGUUUGAAUUAGUUAACUGUGUUUCAAUCCAGUAUCAACUGUUAAGUGAUAAGCAAGUAGGCUACAAUUGACAGUCUGAUGAGGCUCGUGGCUAUUAAAAAAUAUAUGCCUGCUGUCAAAGUCCCACAACUCUGAUAACCUUCUACAUAAGACCUAGAAGUUCUGAGUAAUCUAUCUUCAUUCCAACAUCUAGCAUUAUUUUACUUAGUAUGCUGUAUAUUGUACUAAACAAAAUGCUGUAGAAAAGGAUCAGGAUAAAUUAUAGUGACUUCAAAUGUGUUUAAACUUAGUUUAAAAGAUUUGAUAGCAAACUAUUUUAUCCUUUGCUAAUGAUUUGAUCAAUGCCCAUAAGAAAAUAUUUUGUAAAUUGAAAAAAAUGUAGAGAAUUAAACAAGUUAGUAUAAUAGUCAUAAAACUAUUUGAGAUGCAUAAAACUAUUUGAGAUUACUGUGUUAAUUUAGUUAAUGUGCAUUUCCUAAACAAACAAAAUGCACUUCCAAUGAUCAUCACACACACACAAAAUGAGAUUAAGCUCAUUUAAAAAAUUCUAAGCUGACACCCCUAACAUUUAAAUGCCAGAUAUAUGUUUCUAUAGCUAAUUGCAUUGAUUUUUAUAAAACAUUUUCUUUAUUCAUACUAUAACAAAUGCUUAGUCAUGAGUAAUCAUUUUUUUAAUAGACAUCAUUGUUGUAAAUACCUAUGUUAUUAUUUACUUAAUUCCCCAUUAAAUUGUUAUUUAAUCAUGCAUCUUUUUUAUUUAGCAUUAUAGCAUUAUUCUUUUGAGAGUGGUUAUUAUUGCAGCAGACCUACCAAAUAGUGUUAUUAAUAGCAUUUCAGAAACUGUAUGACUGUAUCCCUAAAUUAAAAGUUAAAAAUAUUUAAAUAUCUAAAAUGCAUAGUAUAAAAUUCAAAGUUUCAAUACCUCCCUGUUAUAUGCUUUUGUAAAUGUUCAAAUUGUAUUAUUCUGAUAGACUGCUCAGUCCAACGUUUAACAACUGGAUCAAUUUGUUUUUUAUUUAUUUUCUCUGCUAAACAAAUGAAUCGCUAAUCAGCCUUUAUAUAUAUAUAUAUAUAUAUAUCUUUUGGUAUAACAUUGUGAGCAGUGUGCAAUAUACAGUUGUUGAUCAAUAAUUAUUUUCUUUUUUUUCUUAAUGUAAAUGUUGGUUUAUGUAAUAAAUGUUUAUUGAUGUUUAUUGGGAAAUAAUGUGUAUUGCAUUCAACUUAUAAUGAAUGAUGUUAUGCUGGAAAAACAAAUGUUGUUAUUGAGAAGCAUAAUGUUUCAUAUGAACAAAUAUGCAUCAAAUAAAACAUAAUACAGGGGUAGUUAUCAUAAAGAUAUGCAGAAACAAGUAAAUAAAUCUUAAAUAUAUACCAUAUUAUCUUAAGUUGUUUGUUAAAUAAAGCAGCACAUUUUUAUAUCAUUGAACAUAGAAGUGUUUCUACCAUCAAUGCAUUGAUUAAAGUGAUGUCCAAAAAAGUUAGGCCUUAUUCAAAUUAUAAAAACAUAAUUUUAGGCAAUCUAUUUCAUCAUACUUAAGACUAAAUGAACUGUGAUUAAAUAAGUUUUUAAAUGGUUGUUUUAGUUUCAAAAAUAUUUAUUUUAAAAAAAAUUGUUAAAGUAUUUUUUUACAUAUUUUUUGCUCCUUGGGUUAAGAUUAACUCAUAAAAGAAUUAUUUCCUAAUGCCAUUUAGCAUGAAAUGGAGUUCUUGAAUGCUCUAGCAAAUGAAUUAAACAACAACAUUUUAAAAUCAUCAAUUAACAUGAUCAAUUAGAUGAAUAUAUAUAUAUAUAUAUAUAUAUAUAUAUAUAUAUAUAUAUAUAUAUAUGUGUGGAUAAUAAUCUCUUUUUUUAAGAAGCACCUGUAAAUAAUAAAGUAACUCUUUGUUUAAAAUUAUUUAAGUGAUAAAUGUUUAUUCCUUAUGUUUUCAACUUUCUAGCCAAUAUUAGGUGUACUUUAUUGUGUCAUAAGACUGGAAACUCUUUCUACAAUUUUCAAAAUCUUAAUAAGGUUUAUAUUCACACCAUAUAUAUAAAUAUAUAUAUAUAUAUAUAUAUAUAUAUAUAUAUAUAUAUAUAUAUAUAUAUAUUUGGCCUGUAAUGAGCCUCAUAGCUAUAUAUGAGUAUUAGUUGGAGCUUCCUGCGAGGCAGCAGAGCAUGAUGGCAUGUUGAUUUGAACCUAGUUGUCAUUGUAAAUUGAAGCCUGUAAUUACCAAUGAUAUUUAUUCUGAAUGACUUGUUCUUAUGAAGGUAAAAGUCACAAAGUAUUCUUAUUCAUAAGUGUUACAAAGAUUAUCUGCAUAUAGCAUGUAUAUGUGUACAUUUUUGUUUGAGGAAAUGUAAAUUUUUGUAGGUCUGUUUGAGAUUAAGAUUUAAACAUGUCUAUUAUUUGAAGACAAUCUUUUGCUAUAUGUUAGGUCUUAAAACCCUAAAAAUCUUACUCUAGUAUUGUUUUUAUUUGUUCCAUUUCUUUUUUCUUGAAAUUUAAUUACCUGGUUUUGUGUUCUUUAGUCAAUUGAUUUUGCCAACUUCUUUUCUAGAUGUCCUUAUUUUUUUUUCUUUCUUUUUGUAUUGCUGGGCAAUAAAAUAUUAUAUUUUGUAUGACACCAAAGAUUGUCUUCCAGGACAAGAAGUGCACAGAUAGCACCAAUUGUAUGCCUGUUCUCAUUAGGGCAUUCUAAAAGCUCAUCUGCUUAAAGUGAUCUGUUUGAGAUCUCUCAUCUCAGAAGUGGUACUUUGUGAUCUUGUGUUUUACUGAAGGCUUAGAGAUGACAUUUGUAUGUAUAAGUAGAAGCUAAAAUGAAGCUCUUUGAUUUUGCAAGCUAAUUGCAUAUGUUUUCUGUGUUUAGUUCCUAUCUCUCUAUUGCAGUAGAUAUUGAUGAUUUAGGUCAAGCUGUCUGGUAUUUCAUCUUUUUGUACAUGCCUCUUUCAUUUCAUGAAUUUUCCUAACAAUAUUUAUAGUAAUAUUUAUAGUCAAGGCUAAAUUCCAGCAGUAUAACAGGGUUUGAGCUUCACAGCUUACAAACAGGAGACAUCUUGACAUUUUAUGUUUCCAUUUUACAAGGUACCUAAGUAUGUCGUAUAACAACAAUGGUUCAUUUCUUAGAGCAGUGUUUCCCAAACUGUGUUCAGCAGAACCCUUGUGUUCAAUGAGGCUGAAUAGGUAUUCCACAAACUACUGGAAUAAUUAACUAGUUAACCACCACAUGAAUUAAUCUCUAAAAAAAAAGUGUUAGAUAACAAGUUUGGGAAACACUAUCUCACAAUGAGACGAAAGCCUGGACAUUAGCUUAGGUCAGAUGACAUCACCCAUACAUUAGUUCCUCCCUCUCCAAAAGUUUUACAGUUUCAUAGUAAAUGUCCCCAAAUGUAGCUUUUAUUGCUUUACUUCUGUGUAAUAUGUGAUUCGAUCUUCAAUGAAUAUGUUAUCUGUGUUCAUUAGUUUUGUUUUCUAUUUGAAAAGAUUGGCCUACAAUAAACAUUUCAACAUUAAAUGUGAUCUCUCUCAAUUUUAGUAGAACACUAAUAGUGAAAUGUUUUCUGUUAACUAAUCUAAUGCUAAGCCAGUGUGUUCAUGUCAAUUCCAUCUUAGUAUCAUCUGUCAAACUGUAGAUCAAUAAAAUAUUGAUUUUGAAAUGCCAAAAAA